AUGAACUCUUUGUUACCUCUUCUCCUUGUGGCCGGUCUGGCCUGUGUCUACGGCGCCAAUAUCGAUGCUGUGUUGUGUGGUCCAAUGUGUAUGAUGUACUGUCCAUACGGCAAUGUGCUAAACGACAACGGUUGUCCCCUAUGCAAGUGUAGUAAUUACGUAGGUUUCUUAGUUGAGAGUAAUAAUAGAAACAUAGUUAAUUCUCGAGCUGUGAUUGGCUGUGAUUGGCAUAUCAAUUUUAUCUCAGAUCCUGCCCCUGAGUUGUCGAAGCUGACAACAGCGAAAGCUUGUCCACAGGUGAUGUGUAUGAUAUACUGUCCCAGUGGAAACUUGCUGGGAUCUGAUGGCUGUCCUCAGUGUGCCUGUAACUAA